AGUAUCGGUCAUUCUGUCACCGACGCUGGAUCGAUUGCAUGUGUCCUUCCUGCAAACGCGAACAUAAGAGGAAGAUUCGUUGUAUUGUCGUUCUGUUGUCGCCGCCGUUUUGGUCACGGAAUUAUUUAGUACAACGUUUGGCGCUAGUCGGAGCUUAGUCUGGCGCAAGUGGCGAUCGAGAACGGAACUCUUUUUUGUUCUAACAAACCUAGAAAACCAGUCGUUUUAAUUUAGCUUCAACUGAUUGAAGAUCGUGGAGGAUCAAUUAACUAAUGUGUUGUGCGUGUUAGUAUUUUGUGCGCUACAUUUGUCACGCCGACAGGGCGGCAAAAUAAUUUCGGAAAUAGUCCAGUAGUGCUGUGAUAAGACUGAGCAACGAAGAAGCAACGGAUUCGGUAACACCAUCGAGCAGAGCAGAGUAGAUCUGUCCAACCAGCAGAAGCAGCAGCAGCACAGCAACAGAGAUCGUCGAUGAUGAUGACAACGACAAUGACGGGGAUGAUGACGGCGAUGAUACAGAAACGGCGGGCAGCCAACGACUUUAUGCUAAUAGCAUCAAUUGUGAUAUUAUCAGUUUUGCCAUACGGCAGGAGUCAAGAUUUUGGAUACGAUGGAGAGAAAGGUCCCUCUCAUUGGGGUGAACAGUACAACAGCUGCACCGGAAAGCAUCAGAGUCCCAUCAAUAUCAACUCGCUCGAUGUGAAGAAAGUUAAUUUGCCGCCACUGGUCUUCGAUGGGUUCGAAAUCGUGCCGAAGCAGGUUAACAUCACCAACAAUGGACACACCGUGGCCGUGACCGUUAAAUCUGACCACAUCCCCACGAUCUCGGGUGGGCCGCUUCAUGGGGUCUACCAGUACUCGCAGCUUCACUUCCACUGGGGUGACAAUGACACCUUCGGAAGCGAAGAUAUGAUCGACAACCAUAUCUUCCCCAUGGAACUGCACGUGGUGUUCUUCAAGCAGGAGUACAAAAACGCCAAAACAGCGCUGGAACAUCCGGAUGGUCUCACGGUGCUGGCCUUCUUCUAUGAAAUUGCCGGAGAAGAUAAUCCCAACUAUCAGGAGUUCAUCGAGCUGCUAGGAAAUGUGACGGCGUCGCACAAUUCGGCCACCUUCCGGAAUCCGCCAUCGUUGAAGCAAUUGAUCACUCACGAUGUGGUGCACUAUUACACCUACAAUGGGUCCCUGACGACGCCUCCGUGCAGUGAAGUCGUGACCUGGAUCGAUUUCAAGGAGCCCAUCAUGCUGUCUCAUGCGCAGAUCGAGGCGUUCCGUGCGUUGGAGGACGAAGAAGGACAUCCGUUGACGCACAACUUCCGCCCAAUUCAACCUCUGGGAGAUCGGGUUGUCCUCUUCAACACCGACGAAAUCGUGAAAGACGACGUGGAUCUAACCAAAGAUUUGCCCCCGAGUCCGGCCGCUGGAGGCGAUAGCAACGAGCUGGCCGAAAAGGAAACACCGAGGACGCCUUCCGGACAUCCGUCCGGUUCGAAGCAGGGCAAAAAUGGUGCUAGCAACUGUCUGAUGGGAACAAGUUCAACUGUGAUACUGGCAACACUGCUCGCAAGUUGUCUGGCCAACAGCGGGAUUUGAUUCUAGAUGGAUGCUCUCCUCGUACCGAAAAUGUAGGAAUUUUAAUCAAUAAACUAAAACAAGAUGUUAGGUGUAAAUAAUAGUGCUUAGAGUACUAAGAAACUCAAAAAAGUUCCCAAAUAUUUCAAGUAUUCAAAUUCGAACCAAACCUAAGGGAGAAACAAAAAUAAACGCAAAAAAAAGGUUUCGCGUAUUGUCUCAAACAAAUUCCUGAAUCAACUAGAGUGUAAAUCGUUAGUCAAAGAGAAUAGCAUUUUAAUUAGAUUUCAAAUAUUUCAUGGUAGCUCAAAGGAUGUAACAGUUAUGUUAAAAACAUUUAAAAAAAAAAAACACCAAUAGAAAGUGUAAGAAUGCCUCAAACGUUUUCCGUUAAAUCCUAGAUUAGUUAGAAUUGGGCAGUUUUGGAUUUUGAAACUUUCAACAAUCCAACACAUGCGUGAACAAUGCUUGAAAGUUUCAACUUUCAACUGAGUCUUUCACUCAACCCAUCAAAUCGAUAUCGUUUAAGAAUGCCUCUAUGCUAUCAACUAAAGUUUAACUAACUUAUCACGUAUUUAUUGUACAUGCGUGUGUAGAUGUUGACAAAAGCGAAACAGCAAAAAUGUGAAAUUUAUUUUAGGUUAGCUGCAUAUGUUUAACAAGGAUGACAAAUUAACGAGGAAAAAUGCACAAUAAAAUUAAGAUUAA